AUGUCCGCCAUCUUGACUCUUGCUGCCAAGGCCAUAAAGCAAAAUUACGACUGCAAGCACUUGCCUACACCCCUUUUUAAUGCUGGCAACUCUGUACUCCUCAACGCCACCAAUAUUAAAUCUGCCCGGCCCUCCAAGAGGUUUGACGCUAAACAAUAUGGCCCUUUCAAGGUUGUCAACUAUGUUGGCCUCCACAAUGCCACACCUUUGCCUGCUCUUGCAAAUCCUGCCGUUGCACAAGUGCUUGACCACCGUAAGCUCAGGAGUGGCACUCAGUACCUUAUCUCCUUCAAGGGCACUCGGCCUGAAGAUGCCAUUUGGGUCACACAGCCAAACAUUUUUGACCCCAAUAAGCUCAUUGAUAUCUACAAUGCGACCAAUAGACUCUGA